AUGAAAGUGAAUCCAUGCGCCCAACACACAAAAGCGGGAGCAUGCUUUCCCGUGCGGACCUCCUUCCCCUCUGAGGGAGCCAACGAAUACGUGUUCGCGGUCACGGUUGGCCUCGGCACACCUCCAACACCAAAUUCCCUCAUUCUCGAUGCAACCUCCAACAUUAUGUGGACUCAAUGCAUGCCGUGCCUUGUGAGCUAUAAUCCUCAAAGGGAUCCGAUAUUCGAGCCUCGCAAGUCGAGUUCGUACUCCGCCUUCUCCUUCGAUUCCCCCCAAUGUUCUCUUCUCUAUAACGAGACCAUAUUUGGCCCCAGCUACUCCCCACGCAACACGUGCGUCUACAGCGCCCCAUACUACAAUUUCGAGGCUGUCUCCAUUGGAUUCUUGAGUAGGGACAAACUUACCAGCUUACACCCAAACAACGACGACUGUAAAAGUAGUGCAGCAGCAGAUAUUGUGUUUGGGUGUAGCCAAUCCAGUUGGGGACAGGUUGUUGGUGUUGAAGCCGGAUAUAUGGGCCUCGGCAAGGGCAACUUUUCCAUUGUCUCCCAAACUGCUGCAAACAGCUACUUCUCCUACUGCCUCCCUUCCAACAACAACUCCCUAGGCUUUCUUGCACUUGGAAAGGAGGAGGGUUGGGAUAAAUAUAAUAAUAAUAAUACCAGAUUCACACCCUUACUUACCAACUUGCCCGUCUUCUCGGGAGGCACGUUGAUAAGCACAGUAAGCACUUUCGGCAUUCUCCCUCCGCAAGCAUACGCCCCAUUAAGCCGUGAAUUCAAGAAGCAGAUGAUCAACAACCACGGAUUCACAUCUGCACCGCCUUACACAACCAAAGAUAAUAACACUCUGGAUACUUGUUUUUUCACUCCUAAUAAUACCACAAAACCCGCCACCGUCCCGAUUGUCACCUUCACCUUCAAGAACAAUGUGGAAGUCGAUUUGGAUGCAUCUGGAACGCUUUUUGUGGUCGACAAAUCAAUAGUGUGCCUUGCUUACAUCGGAAAGGAUGACGAUCCUUUGUUUUCGGUGCUUUUCGCCAACACUCAACAGAAGACAUAUGAGGUGGUGUUUGAUGUCGCCGGAAAGAGAGUUGGGUUCCUCCCCAACAGCUGCCCUUGA